AUGCAUCUUGCUGCCACCGUUCAGCUAGUUUCGACACCAACGAAGGGUGUAGAUGGCAGUGAUGAGGCUCACCAGCUACUACGGACUCUCGAAGAACACACACCAGUAGCAGUCUCUGGCACCGUAAAGUCUCGCAAGGCCCCAAAGGCAGCUACCGACGGUGGCAAAGAUGGGAUUGUCCUGAUUACUGGUGCCGAAAUCAAAAUCGAAAAAGUCACCCCGUUGAACACCUUUCCAAGAGACAUCAUCAUGGCUGAGGAUACCGUAUUCCCUCCCGAGCAACGUCACCUCCAAAUCAGAAAUGACAAGAAGGUCCGAGAUGCUCUCGCAUUUAGGAGCUCGGCAGCACGUCUCGUUCGCGACGAACUGUGCGACCAGCAUGGCUUUGCCGAGAUCGAGACGCCGCUUCUAUUCAAGUCCACGCCAGAAGGCGCAAGGGAAUUCCUUGUUCCCACGCGCGCGGCCGGAAUGGCCUAUGCACUGCCGCAAAGUCCUCAGCAAUACAAGCAGAUCCUCAUGGGAAGUGGUAUCCCACGAUAUAUGCAAAUUGCAAAGUGCUUCCGCGACGAGGAUCUACGAGCUGACAGGCAGCCCGAGUUCACGCAGGUGGACCUGGAAAUGGCUUUCGCCACCGGCGAGGAUGUCAUGCGGGUCAUUGAAUCUGUCGUGAAGAGGCUUUGGAGGGAGCUCUUGGGCAUGACAGAUCUCCCGGACAAGUUUGACAGGAUGACCUACGAGGACGCCAUGUCGAAGUACGGAUCGGACAAACCAGACCUGCGUCUUGGCUCUGAAAUACGUCGCAUUGAAUACAUGCUACCACAGGAUCUCAUCAUGAAGAUUGGAUCACUGAACGAUCCCAUCGUCGAGGUCAUGAAGAUUCCAAUCGCGGAGGAGCCCGCAGACACCAGAAACUUUGUCAACACCUUCAUGGACUCGCCCGAAGCUCAGCCAUUCAUACAGAACCCACACGGACAACCUGGAAUUUUCAUUUACGAUUCUAGAAAGCCUCUGCAGGGUCUGCAGCCGUUUGGCUUUGAAGCUACGGAGCAGCUUGAAGAGACGCUGGAGCUGGAAGACGGGGACCUCGUCGUGAUCCAGGCACGGGAGAAGGCUCCCUCCUCUGGCGGCUCCACGGUCAUUGGGAAUCUGCGGCUUGCCAUCCACAAAGCUGCCGUAAAACAAGGCUUCCUACCUGCUCCCGAGGGCUUCGCAUUCACCUGGAUCACAGACUUUCCGCUCUUUUCCCCCAUGGACGAGAAUGAGCCAGGUCAGGGCGGAUCGGCGGGCAUCUCGGCCACACACCAUCCCUUCACGGCACCCAAAAGGCCCGAAGAUGUUGCUGUACUUCUCGAGAAUCCGUUGUUGGCCAAAGCAGACCAUUACGAUCUCGUCGUGAAUGGCGUGGAGCUCGGCGGGGGCAGUCGUCGAAUCCACCAUGCGCGGAUGCAAGAGUUCAUCAUGCGUGACGUGUUGAAGAUGAGCGAGGACCGCAUCAGAGAUUUUGCCCAUCUCCUCGAAGUUCUGCGUGCGGGGUGUCCACCUCACGCCGGCAUGGCUCUUGGGUUCGAUCGGUUGAUUGCGGUCAUGUUGGGAAGGGAUUCCGUACGAGACGUGAUCGCGUUCCCCAAGAGCGGCAAGGGCGAGGAUGUACUGGUCAAAAGCCCAACUCGGAUGACUGAGCAGCAGCUGGAGACCUACCACUUGGUCGUCAAGAAAUAG